UCCUGAAUGGGGGAGAAAGCGGGCACGUGGUCCGGAAAGCGGGCCGCCUGAUUGGUCAGGCGCGCACGUUGGUCGGCAUCUGCCAGCAAUGGUGGCCGAGGUUGUUUUUUGUUGGAAGGCCGGGCGAAGCUGAGGUGGGAGGUGGGGGCGGUGAUACAGAAAUAGGUCGGAGGAGGAAUGUGGGCUGUCUCGCCGGGUCACCUGCUGUUAGGGGGGCAGUUGGUGCUGCUGGCAGCCGCUGUGUUGCUGCAGUGUCUGGCCGCCGGUUCGCUGUCCCAGAACCUGACGGCCAACGGCUCGCCGCAGUCACAGGCCCAGGUCGAGGAGCCGAGAGUCGAACUGGAGGAGACGAAGCUGCUCGAGUACCGAGACCCCCUUUCCCCAUUAGUGCUCUGUAGCUUCCUGCCAGAUGAAUUUGUUCAGUGCGAUGACCCAGUGGACCUCUUUGGAAAUGAUACUGCCUACCAAGAGCAAGGAUAUGGUUGUGUAAAAUUUGGUGGGCAAGCUUACAACGAAGUGAAGCACACACCAGUGCGUUGCUCUGCACUAAAGGAUAUAGAGUGUGCCGGGCCCCGCACCUUCCUCCGAGGAAAUGUACCAUGUAUCAAGUACACGGGACACUAUUUUGUUACAACUUUGCUAUAUUCCUUUUUCCUGGGGUGCUUCGGUGUCGAUAGAUUUUGCCUGGCGCACACUGGCACUGCAGUAGGAAAACUGCUAACACUUGGAGGUCUCGGGAUCUGGUGGUUUGUGGAUCUUAUACUGCUCAUCACAGGCGGCCUGAUGCCCAGUGAUGGCAGUAACUGGUGCACUUAUUACUGAAGAUGCAUUUCAGCUGAAUUCUGUGAAGUCUUUUUUGGCUUUGUUGAGGGGUGUGAGAAAGGACAAAGCACAUCUGGAUUCUGUUUAUGCCUUGCCCUGGACUUAGUUACAGUUUGUUCAGGCACAUUGAGUCCUAGGAUAUAGAGACUUGCUUGUUUUUUUUCAUCCCUCACAUGUUUGAUCUAUCCCUGUGGGUAUAUGUAAGAUAUAAUGUCUCAGGCUGAAAUAGCUUGUGUAUCAUUUUUAUUAAGUCUAUACAUAUAAAUUUUGCAAUCAUGUUAUUCUGAUUUUGUUUAAUUUGCCUUAUGAGAAAUUAAGUGCACGCACCAGCUAGAUGUACUUGAGCUUUGAAGUUAAAAAUUAUAUACUACAUUUUAAACCUGGUUGAAUUUUUGAGAGUUAUUGAUUGCCUGUUAUUUCAAGCACUUUGAAGAAACAAUGCAAAUGCAAUCUGAAAUUUGAAAGAUUGGAGUUGAAAUGGUAGUGGAAUUAAAUAUGCACACCAUAGAAAAUGUUUAGGCAAGUUAAAAUCCCAUUGGAGGGCAAACUAAGAACUUGUACAAAAUUGUUGUUUUCAAUCAAUUGUAAAGAAAUUUGAGUGUGCUAUUUAACAUAUAAAGCCACCAGAGGGCAUAAUAAUGUCUCCACAUUUAGCAGGUGAAAUAUGGCUAAUAAAAACAUUUUUAAAAUG